AUGGAGAAAAUAAUCAGCCAGAAGGUAUUCAUAGAGAAUUUGAUCAUGAUGAGUUCUAACAGCUGCAGUGCUUUAAAUGUAGGAAAUGGUUAUCUACUCCUGUAUCUUGAAGUUUUCGAGUCCCUUUAUUACAUUAACAGAGAUGAUGUGGAAACCAAGCUGAUUCUUUUCACCAACACUUCUUCAAAUUGGACGCUUGGUGAUCAUUCUAAAGUUACUGUUACAAUAUCAAAGAGUGAUGAAGCACUGAUGUUACCGUAUUUAGCACUAAAACUUGGCAGGACAACCAACUGCUUCAUUGAGGCGGUAUCCCGUGUCAGUUUCACUACCGUCUUCAAAAACGUCUUGGUAAGUCCGCUCCUAAGGUGUCGUCAAAUUCGGUUGCACGGUGAUGAAUUUGGAGUUAAUUGGACCCACACACGAAACAAAUACACAUACUUUGGAUUUUCGAUAUCAGUUCAGAAAUUUGAAUCGUAUUUUGAUGGUGGAUUGCGAGUGUGUGCCAAAGACAUACAAACUUACAUUCGUACAGUUCAAGAGACUUUAGUUCAUGAAAAUAGAACAUUGUCAUAUUUAACAUUGACACUUAUUUGUGUAUCACUUUUCUUCUUGUUGAUUACUUUCCUAACAUAUUGUGCGUUUCCAAGUUUACGAACACUUCCUGGUUGGAACAAUAUGAUUUUAGUCAUCUUUCUGUUUUUUGCACAACUAUGUCUAGUAGUCAGACCAUUUUUUCGCUCAACGGCAAUGAUUGUUGCCUCCGCUUUGACUCAUUUUUUCUGGUUAUCCACAUUUCUUUGGCUUCAGGUGUGUUCCUUUCAUAUGUAUCGUGUUUUUCACUCAAAGACACGUUGUAGAUUUUCCAAAUCAUACAGUAGAUUGACUGUUGUAAAAUAUCUCGCGUACGCCACUGGUAUCUCGGUUUUUGUAGUCGCCGUUAAUAUCACUGUGUCGUUGAUUAUUACGAACGGUGAGUUCACUGGUUAUGACAAAUUGAUGACUUUGAUGACGAGUAGAACUGCUUUUAUCGUCACACUGAUCGGACCAUUGUUGAUCGUCUGUAUUACUAAUAUCACGUUUUACAUUUUUACCGCCUAUAUGAUACACUCCACACCAAACGUUGAUAAUACGACAAGGUAUCGAAUCCAACUUACCGUAUACGUCAAACUGUUUACUCUAACGGGGGUGUCGUGGCUGUUACAAGUUGUGGACACUUUCAUCGGCGUGUCUGUCCUCUCCUACAUCAUUGCUAUCCUGAAUGGUCUACAGGGUUUGUUCCUCUUCACAAGCUACGUGUAUAAUAACAGGGUGUUUAAUUUGUACAGAGUGGCAUUCAAAAAGUUUGGUUCGUCCCGACGAAGUUCUCGUCAAUCGUUGAAUGAUUAG